AUGGCCGGUGAUCCAGCACCCCUGGCGUCACUUUCUGUGACCCAUGUUUACUAUGACCCUCAGGAUCCGAUCUCGCUGUUCUGCGCAUACCUCGCCCUCCUACCCCAGGCCCUCUGCGUGGUCUACGCAACGCUGAUAUGGUCAACCCGCGAGGUCGAGAUCGGCCUGACGUUUGCCGGGCAGCUCACCUGUGAGGCGCUCAACUUCGCGCUCAAGCGGCUCAUUAAGGAGGAACGACCGGCUGCCAUGCACGGCAAGGGCUACGGCAUGCCCAGCUCUCACGCCCAGUUCGUUACCUUCUGGAGCGUCUCCCUCGGCCUGUUCCUCCUCGUCCGGCACAAGCCUUCCAAGGCCAUCGACAGCCGAGCCCCCAGCAGCGCGCAUACCCCGUGGUCGGUUGGCGAGCGAAUGGCCGUCACGGUGGCCGGGGCGGCGGUGGCAGCGCUCACGUCGUGGAGCCGAAUAUAUCUCAACUAUCAUACGGAGAGGCAGGUCUGGGCCGGGUCCAUCACUGGCGUGGUCUCUGCAGUUGGAUGGUUCACCAUUGUGGGCAUUGCAAGGUAUACUGGAUGGUUGAGAUGGGGCCUGGAGACUCCAAUUGCGAGAGCGUUCAGGCUGAGGGACCUUGUGGUCGAGGAGGACCCGUGCCAGUCUGGGUGGGAGAAAUGGGAGGAGAGAAGAGUGAAGUCUGGCUCAGGCAAGCCGAAGACCAAUUGA